AUGUCGGUUAUGGUUAAUGGUAGCCCAACAAAGGAAUUUGGUGUUAAAAAAGGUUUAAGACAAGGCAACCCUUUAUCUCCUUUUCUUUUUGUUUUGGUAGCGGAGGCUCUUGCAAGACUAGUGAGAAAAUCUAGUGAGAUAGGUGAAUUUGAGAAUUUUGAAAUUAAUAGAAGAUGUGGGGUGGAUAUUCUUCAAUUUGCGGACGACACUUUGUUGGUUGGAAAGGGGUCUUGGAAACAUGUCAAGGCGUUAAAGAUUGUGUUGAGAUCAUUCGAACUAGUUUCGGGUCUCGGUAUAAAUUUUCACAAAAGCAAGUUAAUAGGUAUUAAUGUGUCUCCUCUUUUUUUGGAUGCCGCGGCUUACUAUCUUUCUUGUAAGAUUGAAAGUAGUAAUUUUCUUUUUCUUGGUAUUCCGAUUGGGAGCAAUCCUAGGAAGGAAGCGACUUGGUCACCUUUAAUGCCGACAAAAGUGGCUAAAGUUGUAACAACUAUUCAAAGCAAUUUUUUGUGGGGAGGAGAGGAGGAAAAGAAGAAAAUUCAUUGGGUCGGUUGGAAAGGAGUGACCCGUCCUCAAGAAAAAGGCGGUUUGGGAAUAAAAAAUAUAGGCGACUUUAAUUUGGCUCUCUUGAACAAGUGGAGAUGGAGGAUUGCUCAAGGUAAUAAGUCUAUGUGGUUAGAGGUGUCGGUUGCGGUUAUGGGAGGGUGGCUAGAGGGGGUGUGGAAGUGGGGAGAUCUUGGUAUAUCGGUGGUCGGAAGGGAUGCGGAUUUUUUUUUCUCUUUCGGUGUUGAAGGAUCUUUUAGAGAAUUUCGGCGUAUUCCUUUUGGCCCACCGGCCAAGGGCGAUGUAGCUUUCAACUUGAUUUGGAAAGCGGACAUUCCUUUUAAGAUUAAGGCUUUUGGUUGGAGACUUUUUUUGAAUAGGUUACCAACAAAAGAUGUAUUGAUGUAUAGAGGUAUUAAUUUGAAUCAUGCUAAUUCUAUGUGCAUUUUUUGUAAUUCUCAUGUCGAAGAGGCGGAUCAUUUGUUUUCUAAAUGUUUUGUGAUUAAGUUGGUGUGGAAAGAAAUUGCUAUGUGGGUGGGUUUUUUGGGUUGGUCGGAGGAAGAGUGCAUCCCGUUUUUCUUGGAAUGGCACUCGUUGAGCCGUGUGAAUAAGGUUAAAAGCGGCAAAUUGGGGGUGUUUUGGUUAGCCACCACUUGGAUUAUAUGGUUGACUAGGAAUGCUUUUUGUUUUAGGAAUGAAGUGUGGAACAUAAAUAACAUGGUGUGGAGCAUCAAGUUUUUGGCUUGGAGAUGGUCAACUUUUGGCAAUAUUACAUAUUCCAAUUGUAGCUUUUACGAUUUCUAUAAAGACCCUUGGUCUUAUUUGAAGUAA